AUCGAAGAUAACAACUUCGACUUCUCGACAUCGCACAGCUGGAAGUCUCAAAAGCUUCAUGUUUCCCCGCUCCUCAAUCCGUGCACGGAAGUCGCGUUAUUCAACCUCAGUCAUCCCACUAUCCCACUUCUGAAGGACAUGGCCUUCCACGACUCUGUUUCCUCUCUCCCUCACUGUCAGCCCUGAACAAACCCUCCAUAAUCUCCCUUCAUCUUAACCAAAAUGCCAAAGAAACUGAAGCUGGCUUCGGCACAAAGCCGUACACUCUCUACUACUGCCGACACCCUUCGCGCACUUGAACAAACCGCGACGUCCGCCGCACAGCAGGGCAUCGAUCUAAUCCUCUUCCCAGAGGCAUACCUCGGCGGAUAUCCUCGAACAUGCACUUUCGGUAACGCCGUUGGGGGUCGUACAGUGGAUGGUCGCGACCAGUUCCUCCAUUACUUCCACUCGGCUGUCGAUUUUGGUGAUACGCCGGCAGGAGCGGGUGACGACUGGCUAAACCGCAAGCUUCCUUUGCCAAAGAACAAGAAAUAUCGCGGUGAUGGCACCCGCGAAGAAUUGGAGAGAAUUGCGCAAGAGACCGGCGUCUUCAUUGUGACUGGUAUCGUCGAGCGCGUUGGAGGAACACUGUACUGUGGUGCCGUGUACAUCUGUCCGCGGGAAGGCAUCCUCGGGAAACGCCGAAAGGUGAUGCCCACCGGAUCAGAGCGCAUGAUCUGGGGACAGGGUGCCGCGUCCACGCUCCGGGCUGUGACGACAGAGAUCAACGGCGUCAGAUUGUGCCUGGCUGCUGCUAUCUGCUGGGAAAAUUAUAUGCCUCUUCUGAGACAGGCCCUAUAUUCCCAGAAUGUAAACCUCUGGCUAGCACCAACGGCUGAUGCAAGAGAUACCUGGGCGAGUCUUAUGAGGACGGUUGGCUGCGAGGGUCGUUGUUUCGUCAUGAGCGCGAACCAAUGCCUGAGGAGAAAAAACCUUCCUGACUGGAUCAAAGGGAACACUCCAACCUCGCAUGGGGAAGCACCUACGGCCGGACUAGCCCCACUUGCCUUUCACUCCACGGAGCCUUCCCAUCCCCAUGGCGAGAGGAGAAGGAGCACCAUCACCAUUACCGAUGAUAAGCACGAGAUCUGCUGGCCCGUCAUCGAGAAGCGUGACACUGCUGAGAGCAUUCGAAAUGGAGACUCUGCUAUUGACGAAGAAUCUGUCAGUCCUGGUGGUGCAAAUCGGCCAACCUCAGGCGUACCUUCAGCUGUUGAGCACCACCGGAUAUCAUGGCCAGCAUUCAGGACCAAAUCACAUGCAGUAGACGAUGAAUUUGUCAGCCGGGGAGGGUCCUGUAUUAUGUCGCCCUUGGGUGACGUGCUUGCAGGUCCACUGUGGGAGGUUGAAGACGGAGGAUUACUAGUUGUCGAAGUCGAUUUCGAAGAUUGUGAAAGGGGAAGGCUGGAUCUAGAUGUUGCCGGAAGCUAUUCGAGAAUGGACAGCUUUCAUUUGACAGUUGACGGAUUGGACUUAAGCCCUCCUCCAUGAUUUGCCCACAGAGAUCAAUAGGGGCCAGAAAAUGGUACAGAAAGGAAACCGGGGGGUUCACGAUGAGCCUUCCUUUCUGUUCUCGGCAUUCCUUUAAUCCCCCUCACAAACAUCAAUAUUACCAUCACCCAUUCAUUAUG